UGAAACCCAAGGUUGCUAACCACAGCCAAGCCAAUGGGCGGACAACGCGUGGACUACAUAUUCCUCUCUUUACGUUCUUAUUGGAUGGUCCAUAUCUCUCUGUUGUUCCUAGGCGAGGAGGAGGAGGCUAUGGCGUAACGAGGUUUGCUUCCGCCAUUUACUACUGGCAGCUCCGGCGGCGCUCUCGAUCGAAGUCUAAGCAAAAGCAAAAUGCCGAAAGGAAGGGUCUCCACCAGCGUGAAUUCCCCAACCGUGGACAUCGUAAUUGACAUGGGGAACCCAUUCCUAAACAGGACUGUGGAUGGAUUUUUCAAGAUUGGAGCUGUCAGUGCAGGACAUGCAGCUGGCCAGGAAGCUUACAAAGUUCUCAAGAAACAGACUGUCACCAAGCAUGAUCUCGAGUAUACGCUCAAGCGAAUGGGAAAAGACGGGUUACACUGGGGAGCCAUCGCGGGACUCUAUACGGGAAUGGAGUAUGGAAUUGAGCGAGUUCGUGGGAAGCACGACUGGAAGAACGCAAUGCUUGGGGGUGCCGUGACUGGAGCGCUCGUGAGCUUUGGGGAGCAUCGCUACAGCCGUGACAAGAUGGUCCAGAACGCCAUCGCUGGGGCCGCCAUCGCCACGGCCUCGGAAUUCCUGCGUCAUCUUACGUGAGCGAAGCUUUCGCGACCCGAUUCAAGUACGCUAACAUCACGGCCAUGACACCAACAUGUCUAGAGCAGCGCCUAUUAGAAUCUGGUCAGAAAAGUUGGGAAAGAACUUUCGUGAACUUGGAAGGACUUCUCACCAAAUAAGAACUUCUUAUCUUUUUUUCUUUC